AUGGACCGGCCGCUCAACCUCAGCUGCCUCGCGGCCCCGACGCCGGUCGCCGGCAACCGGAGCGGGGCCCCCGCGGGCCUGGACGGCGGCCGGGCGCCGCUCUCCGUGUUCAGCGUGCUGGUCCUCACCCUCCUGGCCAUGCUGGUGGUGGCCACCUUCCUCUGGAACGGGCUGGUCCUGGCCACCAUCCUGCGCGUGCGCACUUUCCAUCGGGUGCCCCACAACCUGGUGGCCUCCAUGGCCGUCUCCGACGUGAUGGUGGCGGCCCUCGUCAUGCCCCUGAGCUUGGCGCGUGAGUUGUCGGGGCGGCGGUGGCGGCUGGGCCGGUUGCUGUGCCAGGUGUGGAUCUCCUUCGAUGUGCUGUGCUGCACCGCCAGCAUCUGGAACGUCACGGCCAUCGCCCUGGACCGCUACUGGUCCAUCACCCGCCACCUGGAGUACACGCUCCGCACCCGGCGCCGCAUCUCCAACAUCAUGAUCGCCCUCACCUGGGCGCUCUCCGCCUUCAUCUCCUUGGCCCCGCUGCUCUUCGGCUGGGGAGAGACUUACUCGGAGGACAGUGAGGAGUGCCAAAUCAGCCAGGAGCCCUCCUACACCAUCUUCUCCACCUUCGGCGCCUUCUACCUGCCCCUGUGCGUGGUGCUCUUUGUGUACUGGAAGAUCUACAAGGCAGCCAAGUUUCGCAUUGGAUCUCGGAAGAGCAAUUCCAUCACCCCCAUUACACCGGAAGCCCUUGAGGUAAAGGAAGCUGCCCAGGAGCCACAGAUGAUCUUCAAUGUCCGUCACGCCACCGUUACAUUCCAGACGGACGGAGACACAUGGAGAGAGCAGAAGGAAAAGAGAGCUGCCCUCAUGGUGGGCAUCCUCAUUGGGGUCUUCGUGCUCUGCUGGAUCCCCUUCUUCAUCACGGAGCUCAUCAACCCGCUGUGCUCGUGCGACAUUCCACCCAUUUGGAAGAGUAUUUUUCUAUGGCUAGGCUAUUCAAAUUCCUUUUUUAAUCCACUGAUCUACACUGCUUUCAACAAAAACUACAACAAUGCUUUCAGGAACCUGUUCUUUAGGCAGCACUGAGCAGGAAAAGGGAAGCUUUCCCGCUUCCCCAGGAACCUGAUUUCAAUGCUCAAUGAAUCCUACCAAACUCUUGAGGAGGUUCAAAGCCACAGAUGAUGCUAAAGCUUUAUACCCAUGGGUCACAUCAAAGACCCAGCAAUGGUCCCAGUUCCUACGCAGAAUUUCGGUCCCAGCUUCUAAGUUGGUUGCUAUUUUUCCUGCAAACAGCAUGCAAGGGUUUCUCUGGCCAGCAACAAAGCAUUCUUCUUCCGGUCCCCAACUGCUUUCCUCCCACCCUUAUAGUGACUUUCAUGGGAUGUUUGGUGGCAGUAAUGGUGCAGAGGAGUCUUGUGGAAAAGAGACAUAUUUGAAACUCUGGUUUGGCCCACCGCUGCCUGCUCUCUCAGAAUAUUAACCAGCUUUGUCCCACGUGCAAAGCUGGGACGCUUUAAUGUCAGGAGGUUUUGUGAUUGUAUACGAAACUAGGUAUUUUAUGAUUUGGUUGAAAAGACUGUUUUGUCUUGUCUUUCAUAGGUAGAGAUUGUCAAGUGUGUGCAUUUGGGGCAUAAAACCCUCAGUAAGGGUUGAAAGCAGACUCCAAAUGCAAAAGCCUUUUCUCACAUCCUUUGUCAGCAAUGGAUUGUGCUAUUUGCUGUUGGAUUCCAUGUAGCAAGCUUUUUUAAAAAAUAUUUCUUGUGGAAGCUUCAUGCAUGGUACACACUGGAAUGCGCAAGAAUGCAUGGGAAAUCCGCCACUCAUUCCCUGCCUGCUGAGUGUAAGCAUCUGCCUCGCACCUUUACUUUCUGAGUUCAGAAAUAUUCAGGUGUUCCCUGGCUGUAAAUGUUAAACUUUGCGUCUGUGUUUCACAGGAGAAAUCGUUCUAAAUCCUGGAUGUAUUUUGAGCAGUUGGGCUGAUUUCUUGUUGUUGCUGGGAGAUGCAAGGGGUGUAUUUCAGACUGCAUAUCAGUGAGGAGCUGGUUUUGAUUAUUUAUGAGUGUGAUCCAGAUCUUACUAAAGUCAAAAGAGAGACCCCAUUUAGUUUCAGGGAGUGCUGGUUUGCUGGCAAAAUGCAGUUAAUGACCAACAAAGUUUGAUACUGGAAGCAUAAAAAAUCCAUAGAAAUAAUUUACUGUAAAGACCAGACUUAGUUCUUCCUUGCCCUUCUCUCCCUCUCUUCUCCCUCCCUUAAGCUCCAGUCCUGCCUGCUGGUUAUUGCUAGUUGCCUCCCCAUCUUUCCACGGUGCCGACGUAAUUAUAGUAGUUGACAUUUCACUCCUAGAAUUAGAAUUAUGCGCUUUAUACUGCAUCACUGGGAGAAUGACAGGCCUUCAGAAAAAGAAAAGCAUUAGUUUUAACUAUCAGUUUUUAAGAAGCAGCCCUGAAAUCAGGCUGGAACUGAAAUGGUGGGGAAAAAGACAAGAUGGGCAUCGGAAUGAGAUGAUUUCAUGUCAGAUAUCUCAAGAAGCAGAGAUAAAAGGGAAAAACCAUCUGUAAGUCACUAGAAAGCUCCCUGGUGGUGAAUAGGAUUAGUUCUUAUUCUUAGUGGAUCAUGAGACAUCAAAUGUUAAAGUUGUCGCAGGUCCUUUAAACCAGUCAAAAGCCUUGGUAUAGCUGGUAGAAAAGACCUUUUUCUUCUCAUAUCUUGGGACAGGUAAAAAUGCUCAUAUCUUGAUGUGCUAUCAAGCAUUGCAGCUCUUUCAGGAUAAGUUAGACAAACAUCAGCCAGGAGUGAUAAAGGUGUACUUGAUCCUGCCUCGAAGCAAAAGGAGGGAUAAGAUGGCCCUUGAGAUCUUUUUCAACUCUGUUUUAUAAAAGUCUAUUAGAAACCAUAGAUAAAAUCCUUAUUGAAGGCAACGGACAAAUUCUCAGUGAAUUCAAGAAAAUCAGGAUUUUAUCCAGCAUGUCCUGUCUUGUGAAAGGAUUGUUUUAAUGAUAAUUAAUUCAAGGAGAAGAUCGGUGGGAUGGGAACAGUCUUCUAACUCUGCUCAAAUGGCGUGUCUGAUCAAGCUUUUGUGCUAACCAUGGGCAAUCUCUCUACAGCUAGUAAAAAGCCUUUUCUUUUUUUUGUUACUUAGUUUUGAACCAUUAUCAGUGACACCUCUGACAUAUCAGAAAUUUUAAUAAACUCUUGAGCCACUUUUUUACUUAGGUAAUAAGGUUGCAUUGCUUUCUCUGGACAGUCUGUCACCAAUGCAAAGUUGUUCUUUCUGACAGAUUACUACUUUUGUAGUGUGAAGGGCUGUUCAGCCAAAAAUGAGUUGGAGAAAAUGCUCCCUUGUCCAGCCAGCCCUUCAGUUAAGCUUGCCAGCGCCUAGAAGUAGAAGAUGGGCUGUUUGUUUCAUCUGGACAGCGUUGCUCUGAAAUACAACUGAUACUCUUUUAAAAACUUAUACUUUUAAGCACAGAAAACCUUCUUUAGUUCUGAAACAGAAGAAAUAAAUAACUUUAAAGCUAAACACAGUUGGGGAAAAAGUGUCCCAAAUGUAUUAUGUUAAUUGAUUAAACAGCUCUUCAUCUAUAUCAUUAACAUCUCCUUGCUAUCCUUGUUUUUUAAAUUCUUAACAGCACCAUGGCUUCAAUAACUCUAGCACUACCUAUUUAAACACUCAACAAAGGGUUAACCACGAAGUUGGAGGGAUUGAGGACUUUAGUCCACCAUUUUAACACAUGAUGUCACAUCUACACAACCCCCUGUUUCGGUCAGGGCUGUGUCCCUCCCCAUUAUUAUUUGCUCUUUGACAAAUAUUGUAGAUUCUCUGUCGUUCCUACUGUUCUGUUUUGUGGGGGAUUUUUGCACUGGCUAUGGAAUAAACUGCAAAAUCAAAUGUAUAUCCUGUAUAAGUAGACAAAAAUUAAACUGAAAUCAAUGGGAAAGGU